AUGUCUACUGACAAGAUCACCUUCCUCACCAACUGGCACGCGACCCCGUACCACGCCCCCCUGUACCUUGCCCAGAGCAAGGGCUUCUUCAAGGAAGAGGGCCUCAAAGUUGCCCUCCUGGAGCCCAAUGACCCGUCCGAUGUCACCGAGAUCAUCGGUAGUGGAAAGGUGGACAUGGGAUUCAAGGCUAUGAUCCAUACCCUUGCUGCCAAGGCCCGCAACUUCCCCGUCACUUCGAUCGGAUCCCUGCUGGAUGAGCCCUUCACUGGUGUCGUCUACCUGAAGCACAGCGGUAUUACCGAGGAUUUCCGCUCCCUGAAGGGCAAGAAGAUUGGUUACGUCGGAGAGUUCGGAAAGAUCCAGAUUGACGAACUCACCAAGUACUACGGCAUGACUGCUGACGACUACACCGCCGUCCGCUGCGGCAUGAACGUCACCAAAGCCAUCAUCCGCGGUGACAUCGAUGCAGGAAUCGGCCUUGAGAACGUUCAAAUGGUCGAGCUCGCCGAGUGGCUCGCUACCCAGAACCGUCCUCGCGACGAUGUCCAGAUGCUCCGCAUCGACCAGCUCGCUGAGCUCGGCUGCUGCUGCUUCUGCUCCAUUCUUUACAUCGCCAACGAUGCCUUCCUAGCCGCUAACCCCGCGAAGGUCAAGAAGUUCAUGAAUGCUGUCAAGCGUGCAACUGAUUACGUCCUGGCCGAACCGGCCCAGGCAUUCGAGGAGUACGUGGACAUGAAGCCGAUCAUGGGCACCCCGGUCAACCGAAAGAUCUUUGAGCGUUCCUUCGCGUACUUCAGCCGCGACUUGAAGAACGUCAGUCGCGAUUGGGCCAAGGUUACCAACUACGGAAAGCGUCUGGGUAUUCUGGAUGCAGGUUUCGUGUCCAACUACACCAAUGACUACCUUUCUUGGGCGCUCGAUGCAGACUCGACCGAUCCUCUGGGUGACCAGAAGCGGAUGGCUGAGCUGCAGAAGCAGGUCGCUGCCGAGGGUGGUUACAAGCGGCUGGAAGUAGCUUCCUCGGCUUGA